UCCUCUCCUUCUCUUUCCCCAUCCAUCGUCCCGCGAGAGAUAGAGGAGAGAGGAGAGAUGAGAGAGAGAGGCUAGGGUUUCGUGCUGCUCCACGACUCACGCAUCGGAAUCCAAUCCGAUCGGGCCGAGCAGAGCCGAGCAGAGCUGGGUCGCUGGGUGCCUGAAGGACUGUGAUUACUUUGCAAUGGCAUCUGAAACUGAUGAGAAAGCUAAGAUGGAGAGUUUGACAUCACCUGCUGCCUUUGUGGAGGGUGGCAUUCAGGAUGCAUGCGAUGAUGCAUGUAGCAUUUGCCUUGAGGCUUUCUGUGAGAGUGACCCUUCUGCGUUGACCGGUUGCAAACAUGAGUUCCAUCUUCAAUGCAUUCUGGAAUGGUGUCAGAGAAGUUCACAAUGCCCAAUGUGUUGGCAGUCUAUUAGCAUGAAGGAUCCUACCAGGCAAGUUCUGUUGAAACAUGUUCUUGUAUGAUGCAUGCCAUUUUGAUGUGUAGAAUGGUACUAACUUCAAGCCCACUGACAUCUCAGUCAAGAGCUGCUUGAGGCAGUAGAGCGCGAGAGGAAUAUAAGAACCAACCAUACUCGAAAUGCAACUAUAUUUCAUCAUCCUGCUCUUGGGGAUUUUGAGUUGCAGCAUUUACCUGUUGUUGGUAAUGAUGCUGAACUUGAAGAGCGUAUACUACAGCAUCUAGCUGCUGCUGCUGCAAUGGGAAGGGCUCACCACCUUGGAAGAAGAGAGGGGCACAGGGGCCGAUCUGGUUCUCAUGGUCGUCCACAGUUCCUGGUUUUCUCUGCACAUCCAAACACGCCUUCUGCUGGCGCAAUUUCCUCAUCUUCUGCUCAUGGAGAGGGGGAUGACGAAUCAAAUCCUGUGACCCCUAGAGCCAAUGAGUCUUCUCCACGAGCUAAUCGCAGUGGAGAAGCAGGUAACCAAAGUCCCGGGAUGCUUACCUAUGAUGCUGAACAAGAUGCUGUUGUUUCUUCUGGAAAUAGUACUCCUGUAUCCAGUCCUAGGUUUUUUAACAGGAGACACUCUACUGGACAGUCAACUCCAGACAGGGCUGGACCAUCGGAUAUGCAAUCUUUCUCAGACACUUUGAAGUCCCGCUUAAAUGCUGUUUCUAUGAAGUACAAAGAAUCUAUUACAAAAAGUACUCGAGGGUGGAAGGAGAGACUCUUUUCACGUAACCCAUCGGUGGCGGAUCUUGGUUCUGAAGUGAGAAGAGAAGUUAAUGCUGGAAUUGCGUCCGUGUCAAGGAUGAUGGAGCGUUUGGAAACUAGAGGCAGUAGCAGAACAGGUGAUAGCCCUACAACAUCCACUGCUGAAGUUGGUCCAUCUACAGACUCAAGCAAUGAGAGGGUUACAGAGAGCAACUCUACUACUACUGCUAGUACUACUGCUACAAGUGCCAGCAACUCUUCCACCCCUUGCGUUACGACGUCUGGUUCAAAUUAGGACAUAUAAGCCUUUCAGAAAGAAGGCCUACACAUGCCCAUUCUUCAUCCUCGAAGGUUGUAUCAGCAGGCGACAGUUGAAAUGCACAGUAACACGAUGGUGUCAUCUUCUCAACCAUUGCAUAAAUGACUCCAGAAAAUCGAAUUAUGAUUCGAUGUAUUGGUUUGAUAAAGGGGUGGCCGGGCCUAAGAAGUUGAUUUUAUCUCCUGUUUCAUCUUUGUAAAAAUUUCUUCCUGGAUACAGAUGUUUUCUAGUAUAAAUAACGGUUAUGUCAACUUCAUAGCAUGUGAAUCGAGAUGAAUAUGAUUGGAACAGCAAAGUUUCCUGCUAUCCGUUAUUGUAGUACGACGCUCAGUUUGUUCUGCCGAA